CUGGAGCAUGCACAGAAAUGUGUAGGCUUGUUUAUGUACUGAGACUGUCUCCACUUACUCUGACAACCAGGAGAGUAAUAGAUGAAGAGAGCCAAAGAGACUGAUAGAAAGAUAUUAUUAGUGGCUGAAGGACAGAGACAAAUAGAAAACGAAACACAGAGAUAAAGAAAAAGAGACAGAGAGAUAGGAGGAAGCAAUAGAAACACAGGCAUUAUGCUGCGGUGGGUUCUUAUUGCCCUGUUUCGCUUCUUCAGGAGAGCAGGACGGCAGGUGUUCCCGCCAGUGGAGGAGAGAGGGGUGUACUCAAACUCCGUACAGGAUGAAUUGCUCCGACUGGCCUCAGUCACAGACUCCUCUUCCCUGCGGGAUGCCAUCAGAAAGGCUCUCCAGGCUGUCCUUUCUGAAGUGGACAGUGUAUACGUCUAUCUAUUAGAUGCAGAGACAGGAUGCUUGUGGUGUGAAGAACCACCUCAUGAGCUACAGAAGGAGGGGAAACUCAGGAAUGUGGUUGUCCAGCAGAGGAGAGUACAGUGUAAGGGUCUUCCUUCCCCAGAGCUGCAGGAGCAACAGAGAGAGAGACUAACAGAACCACUGCAGCAGGACAAAAGAGUGUUGAUCAUUCCAAUUCUGGACCGGGACCAAGGAGUAGCUACCGCCCUCCUCUUGGUUUGCUGUACACUGCCCACCAUAGCUCAGGAACAAAGCCUUGAUGUCCUGGAGAAACAUGUCACCAUAGCCUGUAAGAGAGUCCAGGCUUUGCAGGACCAAAGGCUCACCCAGGGGUCAGAGGUCAACAGGACACCAUUUCUCUCCCUGAACAGGAGGACAACACCUGAUGUGGACUACAGUGCACUGGAUCAUCAGAUCCUGAGGCUUUGCGGAGAGUUGUAUGACCUGGAUGCUGCCUCUCUCCAACUAAAAGUAAUUCGUUAUCUGGAGGAGCAGACUCAAUCAUUGUGCUGCUGUUUACUUCUGGUAUCAGAGGAUAACCAACAGCUGUUCUGUCAGGUAGUUGGAGACACGGUUCUGAAGGCAGAGAUCAGUUUCCCACUGACGUUCGGCCACCUUGGUCAGGCUGUGGAGAAGAGGAAGAGCACCUCCCUGCAAGACGUCACUCCAGACGAACACCAGCAGCUGAACAGCACUCUGGGAUUUGAAGUUCUCUCUAUGCUGUGUGUUCCUGUUGAGUGUCGGGCCACCACCAAGGUUGUGGCCCUCGCCUGUGCCUUCAACAAAAAAGGAGCAGACAGACACACAGAGCUGGAUGAACACAUAGUGCAGCACUGUUUCCGCUACACAUCCUCAGUACUGACCAGCACACUGGCCUUCCAGAAGGAACAGAGACUGAAGUAUGAAUGUCAGGCACUGCUUCAGGUCGCCAAAAACCUCUUCACACAUUUGGAUGAUGUAUCAGUCCUGCUGAAAGAGAUUAUUGCAGAAGCCAGGAGUCUCACCAGUGCAGAAAUUUGUUCUGUGUUCCUAUUGGACAGUGUCAGUCAGGAACUAGUUGCCAAGGUGUUUAAUGGAGGAGUGGUUAUCGAUGAGGAGACAGAGCUGCGUAUCCCUGCUGACCAGGGCAUAGCAGGCCAUGUGGCCACCACAGGGAAGAUCCUCAACAUCACAGAUGCCUACUCCCACCCUCUCUUCUACCGUGCCGUGGACGACAGCACAGGCUUCAGGACACGCAACAUCCUCUGCUUCCCCAUAAAGGACGAACACGGAGAAGUGAUUGGCGUGGCUGAGCUGGUCAACAAGACGAAUGGACCAUGGUUCACCCGUCUGGAUGAGGACUUGGCCACAGCCUUCUCCAUAUACUGUGGCAUCAGCAUCGCUCAUUCCCUCCUGUAUAAGAGGGUCGAUGAAGCACAGUUUAGGAGUCAGCUGGCCAAUGAGAUGAUGAAGUACCACAUGAUGGUGUCAGACGAGGAAGUGACCCGGCUACUGACUGUGGGCAUCCAGGCUGUAGGGGAAAUACACCCCAGCUUCUCCAGCUUCACCUACACACCUCGCUCCCUGUCAGACGAUAGCACACCCACAGCCGUGAUCAGCAUGUUUGAGGACAUGGGCUUCAUAAACACCUACAAGAUCAACAUGAACACGCUGGCCAGGUUUUGUCUGAUGGUGAAGAGAGGCUACAGGGACCCUCCAUAUCACAACUGGAUGCACGCCUUCUCAGUCUCUCAUUUCUGCUACCUCCUCUGCAAGAACCUGGAGCUAUCCAACUACCUAGAGGACAUCGAAAUGUUUGCUCUGUUUGUGUCCUGCAUGUGUCAUGACUUGGACCACAGAGGGACCAACAACUCCUUCCAGGUGGCAUCGAAAUCUGUGUUGGCUGGCCUGUAUAGUUCUGAGGGAUCUGUGCUGGAGAGACACCACUUUGCUCAGGCGAUCGCCAUCCUCAACACCCAGGGCUGCAAUAUCUUUGAGAAGUUCUCCAGAAAGGACUACCAGAGGAUGCUUGACCUGAUGAGGGACAUCAUCCUGGCCACAGACUUGGCUCAUCACCUACGGAUCCUGAAGGAUCUACAGAAAAUGGCAGAUGGGGGCUACAACACCAAAGAACCUCAGCACCAUAACCUGCUACUGUGCCUGAUCAUGACCUCAUGUGACCUCUCUGACCAGACCAAAGACUGGAAGACCACCUGGAAGAUCGCAGGACUCAUUUACAAGGAAUUCUUUUCUCAAGGAGAUCUGGAGAAGGCUAUGGGGAACCGUCCCAGUGAGAUGAUGGACAGAGAGAAGGCCUACAUCCCAGAGCUACAGACAGGCUUCAUGGAGCACAUUGCCAUGCCCAUCUACAAACUCCUCCAGGACCUGUUCCCCAGGUCGGCAGAGCUGUAUGACACCGUGGCCAGCAAUAGAGAACAGUGGGGCAGGGUCUCUCACAAGCCGGGAAACCAUUCUCUGGAUUAUCUAGAUGCAGAGUUUGAGCAGCUACAGGAAGAGCAGAAUGGAUAG